AUGGAAGGUCUUAAGAGAACGUUUGCACAAUGCAAGAAAGAAGGCAGGCCUGCCUUGGUAACCUAUGUCACUGCCGGAUUUCCCACACCCCCAGAAACAGUUGAUAUCCUUUUGGGAAUGGAAGCUGGUGGUUCCGAUGUUAUUGAACUCGGAAUUCCAUUUACAGACCCAAUCGCGGACGGCCCUACAAUUCAAAAGUCCAAUACUAUUGCCCUGCAGAAUAAUGUCACAAUCGAGUCGACUCUUGAGAUGGUACGGGAGGCACGACGGAAGGGAUUGAAGGUUCCAGUUCUUUUCAUGGGAUACUACAAUCCUAUGUUAAGAUAUGGCGAGGAGAGAUUGUUACAGGAUUGUAAGGAGGCUGGUGUCAAUGGCUUUAUUGUCGUCGAUUUGCCACCCGAGGAGGCUGUGACAUUCAGGAAUUUCUGCGCCCGAUAUGGGCUGUCCUAUGUUCCCCUUAUUGCCCCAGCUACAUCCGAGAGUCGGAUGAAGCUCCUCUGCAAACUUGCUGACUCCUUCAUAUAUGUCGUUUCACGAAUGGGUGUUACCGGUGCUACGGGAACGAUAAAUACAGGGUUGCCAGAUCUUCUGAAACGAGUAAAGGAAUAUUCGGGCAACGUGCCAGCUGCGGUUGGUUUCGGUGUUAGCACACGCGAUCACUUCUUGAGCGUUGCCAAGAUUGCAGAUGGCGUGGUGAUCGGAAGCCAAAUCAUUAUAACCCUUGCAGAGGCCCCUGCUGGACAAGCAGCGAAAAAGGCCCAGGAAUACUGUGCUAAAAUCUGUGGGCGCACCAAUGUUCUUACUGGUGACGUAACGAGAGAAGUUGGCAUUGUGGAAGCCGUGCAUGAAGCACAGGAGCCGACUGGCGUACACGUGGAUGGUGUCAUUCGUGACACAGACACUGGCGAAAACUUAAUCGAUCAGAUCGAAGCUCUAAAUUCAAGUGGGCCGGUAGACCCGGCGGCUUUACCUGCCCGGUUUGGGGAAUUUGGAGGGCAGUACGUACCGGAGUCACUCAUGGACUGUCUGUCGGAACUUGAGGAAGGGUUCAAUAAAAUUAAAGAUGAUCCUGCCUUCUGGGAGGAGUACCGCUCCUACUACCCCUACAUGGGACGCCCAGGUCAAUUACAUCUAGCCCAGAGGCUAACCGACCAUGCCGGUGGAGCGAAUAUUUGGCUGAAGAGAGAGGAUUUGAAUCAUACUGGAAGUCACAAGAUCAACAAUGCAUUAGGCCAAAUCUUGCUCGCAAGAAGAUUAGGGAAAACUGAAAUCAUUGCUGAGACUGGAGCCGGCCAGCAUGGGGUAGCUACAGCAACAGUGUGCGCCAAGUUUGGCAUGAAAUGCACUAUUUAUAUGGGAGGCGAAGACGUACGGAGACAAGCACUAAAUGUCUUCCGGAUUAAGCUCCUUGGCGCAGAUGUCGUCGCCGUCGAAGCAGGCUCUCGCACCCUUCGUGAUGCCGUCAACGAAGCCAUGCGCGCGUGGGUUGUCAAGCUUGAUACCACUCACUACAUCAUCGGAUCGGCAAUUGGGCCUCAUCCCUUCCCUACUAUCGUCCGUACCUUCCAAUCCGUUAUUGGCGAUGAGACACGGGCGCAGAUGCUCGAGAAGCGCGGCAAGCUGCCCGAUGCCGUCGUUGCUUGCGUAGGCGGUGGCAGCAAUGCUGCGGGGAUGUUUUAUCCCUUCUCAAAUGACCCCAGUGUUAAACUCCUUGGCAUUGAAGCCGGCGGAGACGGUGUUGACACUGCCCGGCAUAGCGCAACACUUUCCGGAGGUUCAAUAGGUGUGCUCCAUGGCGUCCGCACCUAUGUGCUACAAGACAGACAUGGCCAAAUAUCCGACACUCAUUCGGUAUCGGCAGGUCUCGAUUAUCCGGGAGUUGGUCCAGAACUCUCAUCCUGGAAGGACAACCAAAGAGCGAAAUUUGUCUCAGCAACCGACGCACAGGCUUUUAUUGGCUUCAGGUUGAUCAGUCAGCUAGAAGGCAUUAUCCCCGCUUUGGAAACUGCGCACGCUGUUUAUGGGGCUAUUGAGCUUGCAAAAACUAUGGAGAAAGGGCAAGAUGUUGUCAUCUGUGUCAGUGGGCGUGGAGAUAAAGAUGUCCAAAGUGUGGCAGAUGAGCUACCAAAGCUAGGGCCAUUGAUUGGAUGGGAUUUGAGGUUCUAA